AUGGACAAGUAUUUCAGUUCUGCUUAUCGCGGCGACCCGGGCGUGCCCCAUGCCGACCCCUGCCGUUUCGUCAACAUCUGGAUCGGUUCCCUUCUCCUCACCGCCUCCAACUGCACCAAUCCCUACUUUUGGCAGACUGGCUCCACUACCUUCAACUGGCAUGAUAGGGCAAUGCUAUAUGAGCAAUAUCACUGGAAAAGAGCGAUGAAGAAGAACCAGCCAUAUGAGUUCUUGUGGAACAAGACAUGGGACAAGUCCCACCGAGAUUCAUACUACUUCAAUUGGCCUAUUUACUUCACUUAG